CUGUGAUCAGAAUGAUCGAGCUGAACACGAAGCUCUUCCCAUGACACACGCAGAUCUGGAUUGAACUGAUAACGUGAGCUGUUGUAAUAGCAGUAGCAAUAUAUAUGCCGUAACUUGAGUUAUGCGUCAAUAAAGAUAAGGUUCGACCGGAUAAGUAAGCGUCUGCAACAAGAGUAAUUCCUAGAACACAAUCAGAUCGCUGCUUUAAAGCAGCAGCCAGUAGCGAGUGAAGCACUUAGUCGUGAAGUAGCAUACAAAGGAGUUGGAAGCAACAAAAUGCCACAGCCAGUAAUCUUGAUACAUGGCGGAGCGGGAGACAUUAGCGACGACCUCGUUGAGGGCAAGUUCCUGGGCAUCAAGGCCGCGCUGCGAGCUGCUUGGGAGCAUCUUGAGCCGGCGAACGGCAAGUCGUCAGGCAGUGCACUUGAUGCCGUUGAGGCUGCUGUGCGAUCCAUGGAGCAGAAUGCCGCAUUCAAUGCGGGCUACGGCUCCAGUCUGAACACCGCCGGCUGUGUGGAAAUGGAUGCCAGCUUAAUGGAGGGGCGUGAGAUGCGUGCGGGCUGUGUUACACUGCUGACAGAUGUUAUGCAUCCGAUUACGGUGGCACGCCGGUUGAUGGAGAAGCGACGUCAUGUCUUCCUGGGCGGUCAGGCGGCCCAGGAGUUGGCGUUAAGCACCGGUAGUGAAAAGCUGCCAGCUGGCGCCCUUGUCACGGAAAGUGCUCGAGAGGCAUUGCGUGAGUAUUUGGAGCAAGAAGCUCAAGGCUUAGAAAACAACUUUGCGAGCAGCCGGAUGGAUGAUGUACGCACCGAUCAAAGGGGCGAUACCGUAGGAGCCGUUGCCAUGGAUGCGAACGGGCUUAUUGUGGCGGGUACCUCGACUGGCGGCAUCACCGGCAAAUGGCCGGGCCGCAUUGGCGACACUCCGCUGCUUGGAUGCGGCAACUAUGCUGAUAAUACUGUGGGCGGGGUUUCCUGUACUGGCCAAGGUGAGACCAUAAUGCGAUACAAUCUAGCACAGCGCAUAUUGGGCGCCAUACAACAGCAGGGACUCACUGCUCAAGCGGCCAGUGAACAGGAAUGCAAAAGGAUGACUGAACGCAUCGGUGGCACAGGCGGCGCCAUAAUCAUUGAUCACAAGGGUGAUAUGGGCAUUAGUUGGUCUACACCGCGCAUGGCCUGGGGUUACGUGCGCGACGGCAUCAUUCAUUAUGGCAUCAACCACAACGAAGUAUUUCAGGAGCCAUUGGUGGUCAGGAAACAAUAGUUAUGCAACUCCUCCUCAGCAUUUGAUUUGAAUAAAUAACUUUUAA